CCAACAAAACAAGACAAGUAAAAAGCAAAAUGGCGUCCGUAGCGAAUACCUAAAGGUGUUCAUUGUCAUUCUUUCGUCGUAAUCCAUGCGCACGCAUCCAUAUAAACGACGCGGAAUAGAGUAAACAUCGUUUAGAAAUUGUUUACAUCCGGGUACGUUGGCGUGGGGGCACUUUGGCGUUUCUCGGGCUAGCUUAGCUUGCUAGCUGCUAACAAAGAGACGGAAGUGAUCAACACGUCGCUCAGCAGAGCUCAAGUGUGAGUGUAAAGUGUUGAGAUUGUGUGAAAAUGUGCGAAAGAACGACAGCAGAGUACGAGGAGGAACUUUGUCGAACAAAAGAGGAGAACGAGCGACAACGUCAACUACUGGACGCUGUUUCCAAGAGGUAUCAAGUUGGGUUGCACGGAGCAGACGUCAGGGUAGAUCAUCUUCCCCCUGAGCAGCAGGAGUGGAGUUUCAUGGCGGAGCAGAAGGAAAUUAAAGAGGAAGAGGAGGAGCCCCGACCCCCGCACAUUAAAGAGGAAGAGGAGGACCACAGCAUCAGCCAGGAGGGAGAGCAUCCUGAAGGACCAGAGGAGUUCCCAGUGAUUGGCGUCAUUGUGAAGAGUGAAGAUGAUGAAGACGAUGAAGGUGAAAGUGAGGAGAAGAGAGAGGCGGAGCCUCCAAGCAGCAGCUCAACUCAACACAUGACAACAGAAGCCGAUGGAGACCACUGUGGAGGAUCACCAGCAGACAAGCUCUUAGCUCCACUAUCAGAUAGCGAGCACACGACGUCACACUCUCCUGACACUGAUGAUGACGACUCCACAGCUGAUAUGACAUGUCACCCUGACGACACACGCUUUCAAUGCUCUCAGUGUGACACAACGUUCAAACACCGGCGUAGUCUCAAUCGACACGUGAGAACGCACACAGGCCAGAAGCCGUUCGUGUGCUCUGUUUGUGGGAAAAGAUUCUCUCUAAAGUCAAAUUUAAAAGUACAUACGAGAAUACACACUGGAGAGAAACCAUUUUCCUGUUCCGUGUGCGGUAAAAGUUUUGUCCAAAGUCAGUGUUUGAAAAUACACAUGAGGAUGCACACAGGAGAGAAACCAUUCAUGUGCACGCUUUGCGGUAAAAUAUUCUCUCGGAAUUCUCAUUUGACAUUACACACGAGAGUCCACACUGGAGAGAAACCAUAUUCCUGUCCAGUGUGCGGUACAAGCUUUUCUCGAAAAGAUGAGUUGAAAAUACACAAAAGAAUACACACCGCAGAGAAACCUUUUUCCUGUUCCGUGUGUGGCACAGGUUUUACACACAAACAGUACUUGACGGCACACGCCAGAGUACACACUGGAGAGAAACCUUUUACCUGUUCAAUCUGCGGUGCGGGGUUUACGCAGAGUCAUUGUUUGAAAACACACAUGAAAAGACACAGUGGAGAAAAACUAUUUUGCUGUUCAGUGUGUGGCAUCAGGUUUAUACGACAGUAUGAGUUGAAAAUACACACAAGAAUACACACCGCAGAGAAACCCUUUUCUUGUUCAAUCUGUGGUACACAUUUCCGACUAAAUCAGCAUUUGAAAAGACACAUGAAAGUCCACGCCGGUGAGGAAGUGUUGCAUUGCAGCGUUUGUGCUCAAAGUUUCUCCUCCAAGUCCCAGCUGAACAAACACUCGUGUGCUGGGGAGAACAGCAACAGGAAGUGAAGCUGCACCAUUCAAAUCAAGACUUACGAUUCCAUUCUGGCUCCGGAGUGGAGUGUAUUGAAGUAUAAAUAAUAACUUUUAUAAAUAAAAGUUUGCCUAAAACAAGAGGAUGGUUUCCUUCAUUCCUGAAGAGCUGUGCUCUAGUUUCCCUCUGACAUAUGACGCCAUCACAUGUAAUAUUAUCUCCUCAUUCUCCUAAUAUCAAGACUUUAUUCUUCAUAAAUCUACGACUUUAGUCUUGUCAA